AUGCGCAGGACGCUCAGAAGAUCCUGCGAUGCGUGUGCGAGAUCCAAGUUGAGCUGCGAUCUUCGCACACCUCAAUGCUCACGAUGUUUCAAGAAGAAAACCAACUGUGUCUAUGCCAACGAGCCGCUUACCUUGUCGCCCCCCGAGACGACAUACUCUCAUAACGCAGAUGUCGUCCAGAAAGAAUCUUUCUCCUCCCCAGUACUAUGGGUUGAUCCCGGAAGUCAAGCUUUCGAUCCGUUCGACGCCCAUCCAGCAACAAGACUACCUCGGGCUCGUGUGCAGCAAUUGAUCAUGCACUUCUUGUCAAACAUCGCCUUCCAGUACUAUCCAUUGGAUCUCAAACCAACGUCCAACCCGUUCGUUGUGUCGUGGUGGCCUCUUGCAUUGCAAGACCCAGCUCUCUUCCAUGUCAGCCUCCAGACUGCAUCCUUAGAUAUUGAGCUGAGAGCUCAGAAAGGCUUCGAGAACUCAGAAGUCCUCAUGGCAGAUUCUAUCUCGUUGGUUCGGCGACGGGUCAACGACCCGCUAUUGGCUUCUCAAGACGAAACUAUGGAUUCGGUUGUGACACUUGCAGCUAUAGAGUAUGGUAAAGGUAACACGACAGUCGGUAGUAUGCACAUUGAUGGCGUUAAGGAGAUGGUACGAUUGCGAGGAGGAAUACAUCUUUUGAAGAUUACAAGCCCUCUUACGGCACGCAUGGUUGCUUGGGUUUCCAUGAUACUUAAGCAAACUCCGCAGUUCAAGGUACAGGAUAACUUACACCUUGGUGACGGAAUAGCACCAAUACCUCAGUGGCUCGACUUACAAGCCAUCUCUCGAGAUCAGCCUCCAUCCGGCUUUCUUAAUCUCGAGCUGGAUCCUUCUAUCAAGGACGUAUUCCUGCGACUGCACCAUCUAUUUCACGUAACACAUGAGCACAAGCUCUCAACUACGGAUCUCCAUGAUUUGACAUGCUACAUCCUACACAAGCUUUUGGCCUGGUCUCCGGACACAUCACCACCUGGGAACCCAAGCUUGAUUUCGACAUCUCACUGCAUUCAAUAUGCUACAGCACUGUAUAUGCUCAUCGUUCACGGACCAACUUACUUCUCGCACAUGCAUCUGCAGUCCUCCUUGGUCAUGGAACUCAAAAGCAAUCUCGGAAGUCUUCCACCCACAUCGGCGAUUCUACAUGGACCUCUGGCUUUGUGGAUUUUGACCGUUGGAAUGGUCGCAUCACAGGACGCGUUGACGUGUGCCUGGUUCACUACGAAAGCUAUGCCUAUUGCUCGGAAGUGCAGCAGCUUCCACCGGCCUAAGAACAUGAAGGGAGCGUUCAUUCUGAUCAAAUAUCUCACAUACCUCAUAUUGUACAAUACCGAAUACCCGAUGCAGUCAGAAACUCCCCUUUCUGGGUCGAGUACCGAGCGUGUCGACGACGACCAAAAUUCCAUAACCCCCUACAAGAGUUCUCCGAACGACAGCGAAACAUGGCCAAUCACUCGGGAAGUCGAGAUACUCAGGGAGCGUAACGAGGCAAAUGGCGGAAAGCUCCGAAAGCUGGGUGUGACAUGGAAGAACCUCACAGUCAAGGGCAUCAGCAACGAUGCCCUCUUCAACGAGAAUGUACUUUCGCAACUGAACCCGUUCGGAAAGAGCGGAAAGAAUGCUCCAAUGAAGACUAUCAUCGAUAAUUCAUAUGGAUGCGUGAAGCCUGGAGAGAUGCUGCUUGUUCUUGGUAAUCCGGGAGCCGGUUGUACAACACUGCUCAAUAUCCUAUCAAAUCACCGGUUAGGUUACGCGGAGAUCGGGGGCGACGUCUCCUUCGGUUCCAUGUCCAGCAACGAAGCUAAAGCUUAUCGUGGUCAAAUAAUAAUGAACACGGAGGACGAGAUCUUCUUCCCUACCAUGUCUGUGGGCGCUACCCUUGACUUCGCGACGCGUAUGAAGGUCCCCUACAACCUUCCACCUGACAUCGCAACCCACGAAGAAUACGCCAAAGUGUACAAAGAGUUCCUACUGAAAUCUCUCGGUAUUGAGCACACGCAUGAUACUAAGGUUGGAGACGAGUACAUUCGUGGUGUGUCCGGUGGUGAGCGAAAGCGGGUUUCUAUCCUGGAAUGUCUUGCUACGCGCGGCAGCGUCUUUUGCUGGGACAACUCCACCAGAGGUCUCGAUGCUGGAACAGCAUUGGAUUGGACAAAGGCUAUGCGUGCCAUGACCGACAUUCUCGGAUUGACUACUAUUGCAACCUUGUAUCAAGCUGGCAAUGGCAUCUAUGAGCAGUUCGACAAGGUACUCAUCCUCGAUGAGGGUAAGCAGAUCUACUAUGGCCCGCGGGAAGAGGCUGUCCCGUUCAUGCAAGAUCUUGGGUUCCUCUGCGAUCCAGCGGCGAACCAAGCCGACUUCCUCACCAGCGUCACAACUCCGGACGUGCGUGCCAUCGCUGAAGGCUUCGAGAAGAGGUUUCCGCGGAACGGCGAAGAAGUACGAGCAGCGUACGAACAGUCAUCCAUCAAGGCCACAAUGGUGGCGGAACUCGAUUACCCCGAAAGUGACGAAGCGAAGCAGAACACGAUCGAUUUCAAGGAGAUGGAAGCUCGGGACAAGCACAAGGGCCUUCCAAAGAACACCACAGUAACCACAAGCUUCUACUCUCAGGUCAAGACGGCAGUCACUCGGCAGUAUCAGAUAUUGUGGGGUGAUAAGCCUGUGCUCAUCGUCAAGCAAGUCUCUACUCUCAUCCAAGCUCUCGUCGCUGGAUCGUUGUUCUACCAAGCGCCAGACCACUCGGCUGGUCUCUUCCUCAAAGGUGGCGCAUUAUUCUUCUGUCUUCUGUAUCCUGCCUAUAUGGGACUUUCGGAGGUGACCGACUCUUUUACCGGAAGACCUGUCCUGGCUAAGCAUCGAUCAUUCGCCAUGCACUACCCUGCCGCUUUCGUCAUCGCCCAGAUUGCUACUGACAUACCAUUAAUGCUGUUCCAAAUGACGCACUUUGGAAUCGUCAUAUACUUUAUGGUCGGACUCGAGACUACUGCAUCAGCUUUCUUCACAUUCUGGAUCAUCAUCUUCGCAUCAGCCAUGGCCAUGACUGCGUGUUUCCGGAUGAUAGGCUCUGCUUUCCCGACAUUCGACGCAGCGACUAAAGCUUCAGGCCUUCUCGUUUCAGCACUCUUCAUGUAUAUGGGAUACAUGAUCAUCAAACCAGAGAUGAAGGAUUGGUUCGUGUGGAUCUUUUGGAUCAACCCGAUGUCUUAUGGAUUCGAAGCUUUGCUUGGUAACGAGUUCCACAACACACAGGUACCGUGUGUGGGCCCUAAUCUGGUCCCUAAUGGACCAGGAUAUGUACCUGGUGAAGGCGGCCAGUCAUGCAUGGGUGUCAACGGCGCCCAACCCGGAGCGAGCACACUUACAGGAGAUCAGUAUCUUGCAUCCAUGUCCUUCAGCCAUAGCCAUCUCUGGCGCAACGUCGGCAUCAUCUUCGCAUGGUGGGUAUUCUUCGUCGCAGUCACUAUUGUGUUCACCUCCAGGUGGAAGGAGAUGGGCGAAGGUGGCCGUGGACUCCUCAUUCCCAGGGAGAAGCAGAAGAAGAACAAGCAUAUCCAAGCUAACGAUGAGGAGUCGCAAGCUGUUGAGAAGCCACAAGCCAGCUUCGAGUCUUCCAGCUCCGACGGAUCACUCGCCAACCAACUCAUCCGCAACACUUCUAUCUUCACCUGGAAGAACCUUACCUACACCGUCAAGACCCCUUCGGGUGAUCGCGUCCUCCUCGACAACGUCCAAGGUUUUGUGAAGCCAGGCACUCUCGGGGCCUUGAUGGGAUCGUCAGGCGCUGGCAAAACAACACUACUGGACGUUCUCGCCCAACGCAAGACCGACGGCACAAUCCGUGGAUCUAUCAUGGUCGAUGGGCGCGACCUUCCCGUCUCAUUCCAGCGAUCGGCAGGCUAUGUUGAACAGAUGGACGUACACGAGUCGUUGUCCACAGUGCGUGAGGCCUUGGAAUUCUCAGCUCUCCUCCGACAGUCUCGUGAAACCCCACGAGAGGAGAAGCUUCGCUAUGUUGACACCAUUAUUGACCUCUUACAACUCCAUGACAUUGAGCAUACCCUAAUCGGCCAACCUGGUGCUGGUCUCUCCAUAGAGCAGCGUAAGCGGUUGACAAUCGGCGUAGAGCUAGUUUCGAAGCCUAGCAUUCUGAUCUUCCUUGACGAGCCGACGUCUGGUCUGGAUGGAGAAGCUGCUUUCACCACUGUGCGCUUCUUACGCAAGCUCGCAGAGGUCGGACAGGCGAUCCUUGUCACGAUCCAUCAGCCGUCAGCUCAGCUUUUUGCGCAGUUCGAUACCCUCCUUUUGCUCGCAAAGGGCGGCAAGACGGUUUAUUUUGGCGACAUUGGUGACGAUGCAAAUACAGUCAAGUCUUACUUUGCCAGCCACGGAGCGCCUUGUCCACGCGAGGCCAACCCUGCCGAGCACAUGAUCGAGGUUGUCUCCGGUAGUCUGUCCAAAGACACUGACUGGAACAAGGUUUGGCUUGAGUCGCCCCAGCAUGAGAAGAUGACCGAAGAGCUCGACAACAUCGUCGCGGAGGCCGCCGCUAAGCCGCCAGGUACCGUCGAUGAUGGCCAUCAAUUCGCAGCUCCCAUGUGGGAGCAAGUCAAGAUCGUGACCCACCGUAUGAACGUCUCGUUGUUCCGGAAUACUGAGUACGUCAACAAUAAAGUGCUCAUGCACAUCCUGCUGGCCUUGCUGAACGGCUUCACCUUCUGGAUGAUUGGCGAUAGUCUCCAAGACCUCCAGCUGCGACUGUUCACUGUCUUCAGUUUCAUCUUUGUUGCUCCUGGUGUCAUCUCCCAGCUGCAGCCGCUGUUCAUCCAGCGUCGCGAUGUUUACGAGACACGUGAGAAGAAGAGCAAGACAUACCACUGGGCACCGUUCGUAACAGGUCUGAUCGUUUCAGAACUUCCGUAUCUGGUAGUAUGUGCGGUCAUGUACUAUGUGUGCUGGUACUUCACUGCUGGCCUUCCUGGCGCCGCGAAGUACGCUGGCAGCACAUUCUUCGUUGUGCUUGUUUACGAGUUCCUCUACACCGGCAUUGGACAGAUGAUUGCCGCCUACUCUCCCAACGCGGUGUUCGCUUCACUUGUUAAUCCUCUUUUCGUCACAACUCUCGUGUCAUUCUGCGGAGUCCUCGUUCCUUACAGCCAGAUUGAGCCAUUCUGGAGGUACUGGCUCUACUACCUCGACCCCUUCAACUACCUCAUGUCUUCUCUGCUCGUCUUCACCACUUGGUCUGCCGACGUCGACUGCAAGACAAGCGAACUCGCCAUCUUCGAUCCGGCUGCGAACCAGACCUGUGGCGAGUACCUCUCCGUCUACCAGCAGGGUAUGGGCGUCGGUAUCAACUUGCUCAACCCAGAAGCCACCGCCGAUUGCCGCGUGUGCCAGUACAAGACUGGAGCAGACUACCUGCGGACACUGAACCUAGCGGAGGAAUACUAUGGUUGGAGAAACGCUGCUAUCGUCGUAUUGUUCUCGGUGAGCAGUUACACACUGGUGUACUUGAUGAUGAAAUUGAGAACCAAGGCUACAAAGAAGGCGGCGUAA